CCAGCGAUGGCUCGGCUGGCGCCGCGCCGCGCGGGGUGCGGGUUGUCCGCCCGCUAAGACUCGCGGGGCUGGGGAACCCGCGGGGCCUCGGCUCUCCCGCCGCGCCCUUCCCCCUAUCGGGGACUCCGCUGCAGCUUUCCGGGGGCGAGGGGGACAGGGGGGCCGAGACAAAGCCCACUUUGUGCGGGGAGUUGGCUGCGGGCGUGGAAUGUGCAAGUCGGCGCGCGCCCCCUCCCCGCGUCCCGCCAGCUGUGAAUCUUGGCUCCGGACUCGUCGCGUCGGAGAAAUCGCUGCCCCUCGCGGCCCUCCGGUUCUGGGGGGGCCCUGCUUGGAGCUUGGCCUGGAGUCACCUCAACACUCACCCCCAUCCCUUCCUGAGCGCGCGCAGGUGUGAGCGUGAGAGUAUUUUGUAGAGGAAUUUGGUUUGUUUUUACUAAACUGGGGGGUCUGGGGAGCCCAGUCAGCGUGGGUACUCGUGCCUGGGGCCCCUUCCGUGGCCCGAGGUCCGAGCUGUCUGGCCUCAGUUUCCCUCGGACUUUUCUCCUCUGCCAGCCCAGACUGCUGCCCAUCAUUGUUCUCACCGUCAAACGGGGGUGCUUUGUGACGACUGCCAGGCUGGGGUGUGUUCUCUUUUCCUCGCUUUUUCAAACGGAACUAGGCCUCUCAGGCUGACCCUGGACCACCUGCCCCUCGUCCCCCACUUCUCCGCGAUGCACUGACCCCCCCUCCCCCCUCCCCUCUCGAGUAGUAUUUUAUUGUACGGAGCCACGCCCUGGUCCCUUAAAGGCGCCUCGCACUCCCUUUGGCCAUGUGUUAUCGCUGCAGCUGGUGUGUGGGAGGCCUUCUGUGAGCUACCUACUUUACCCCCCCUGCCUCCUAACACAUCCUCCCACCCCAUCAAGGAUUUGGGGAUGCCAGGAGGGAAGAAGGUGGUCGGGGGUGGCAGCGGCGGCGGCAGUGCUGCCCCAACUGCGGCUGCCGCCCCCUCUGGGGUCAAGCGUUUGGAGACCAGUGAAGGGGCAUCGGCACAGAGAGAAGAUGAGCCAGAGGAGGAAGGGGAAGAAGACCUGCGGGAAGGAGGCGUCCCCUUCUUUGUCAACCGGGGCGGGCUGCCUGUGGAUGAGGCCACCUGGGAAAGGAUGUGGAAGCACGUGGCCAAGAUCCACCCCAAUGGAGAGAAGGUGGCCCAGCGGAUCCGUGGAGCCACCGACCUGCCCAAGAUUCCCAUACCGAGUGUGCCUACGUUCCCGCCCUCGACGCCUGUCCCUGAGCGCCUGGAAGCCGUGCAGCGCUACAUCAGGGAGCUGCAGUACAAUCACACAGGGACACAGUUCUUUGAAAUUAAGAAGAGCAGACCUCUGACAGGACUGAUGGACCUGGCCAAGGAAAUGACCAAAGAGGCUCUGCCGAUCAAAUGCCUGGAAGCCGUGAUCCUGGGAAUUUACCUCACCAACAGCAUGCCCACCCUGGAACGCUUCCCCAUCAGCUUCAAGACCUACUUCUCAGGGAACUACUUCCGCCACAUUGUGCUGGGGGUGAACUUCGGGGGCCGCUACGGGGCCUUGGGCAUGAGCCGGCGGGAGGACCUGAUGUAUAAGCCGCCCGCCUUCCGCACGCUCAGUGAGCUGGUGCUGGACUACGAGGCCGCCUACAGCCGCUGCUGGCACGUGCUGAAGAAGGUGAAGCUGGGCCAGUGUGUGUCCCACGACCCGCACAGUGUGGAGCAGAUCGAGUGGAAGCACUCGGUGCUGGACGUGGGCAGGCUGGGCCGCGAGGACUUCCGCAAGGAGCUGGAGCGCCACGCCCGGGACAUGAGGCUCAAGAUUGGCAAAGGGACUGGCCCUCCGUCCCCCACCAAGGACCGGAAGAAGGACGUUUCCUCCCCACAGAGGGGCCAGUCGAGCCCCCACCGCAGGAACAGCCGCAGCGAAAGGAGGCCUUCGGGUGAGAAGAAACCUGCAGACCCCAAAGCCAUGCCAGACCUCAAUGGGUACCAGAUCCGGGUGUGAGGUGGUGACUGCUCCCCAGCCUUGCCACUUCUGGGGGCCGUGAUCCACUGCCAGAAUCAGGCUUGCUCCCUUGGGGGCGGAAGGGGCUGGUGAUGGGACAGGGCACGGACGAGGCGCAAGGGGAAGAGUGUACCCCAGCUCAUCCACCCAAGCUGCUGCCCCUCCCACUGAGCCACACCCCUAACUUUGGAUGGAGAGGCAGUAUUUUAUUUGGAGUUUGAAAACUCAACAACUGAAGUUUAAGUUAUUUGGGAAGAAAUGAAAACUAGCAGCUUUCCCAACGGCUGAAAGGCCAAGAGCGGAGAGACCCAAGUGCCAGGGGCUGGUGUACAGGGGCUGCUGGCUCUGCGGGCUUGGGGUCUACCCCGUGGGGAACCUCCUGAUCCCAUCGGGCCUGUGGCAGGCCUGGAGCUGGAUUAGGGGAGGGAUGGAGAUUUCCCCUGUUCUGCCUGCCGCGCAGACUUUUGACCUCGGGAAAGGGAAGCAGGGUUGGGGUUGUCCUGGGCGGACGUACAUAGCCCUUGGCACAGCUCUGGCCCCCAGAGGGCAUGUCCAGGGCCUAGGAGAGGACUCAGGCCCCAGCAGCCCAUGAACACUGCUGUGUGGGCCUAUUAGUGUGGCACUGAGCAAGAGUGAGCUGGAAGUGGCCCAGGAGCGGCCCUCUGGGGAAAGUUCCAGCUGGGUCUCCUGCUCAGCCCAGCUCCACUGACUGACGCCAGGGCCCCCCCUGCAGAGGGGCUGCUCUUCGCUAAGGGGUCAGCAUGCUGGGAACCUGGUGUGUGGCAGGAACCAUGGCUGGCGAGCCGAUGGACACUGAGGCCUGGGUCCUUCCCCCAGCAGUGCCCAGCGGUGAGCACUGUUGGCUCCCUGCUCCUGCCUCUGUACCCCCUCCAAGCUACUGCUGAGGAACUGAAGACCGGGCCCCGGGCGCUUGUUCCCAGACCCACUGUCCCUCCUUUAGCAUCCAGCUACGUUUGGGGCCCUCGUGAUGAUCAGAUACGUUGUAUGUGGCGGCUCCUCAGAGAAGCAUCUGAACAGCUUAAGUCUCCAUAGCCUGCCUGGCAGGGAAGUGAGAGGCUGCAGACAGAAAGUGGUAGAGUGGAGGGAAGGCGCCGGAGGCUCGAGCAACAAGGAAUUGUAAGGCAGGGGUGCAGUGUGGCCACUGAGCAGCAGCAGAGCCCAAACGGGGGGUGUAAGUGAGGAAGGGAUGUGGGGGAGAGCUUAGAUCCGGCUGCCUGGGGAGCAGGGCGCUCCCUACCACGCAGGUAGUCAAGCACAAGUGGUAACUUGCCGGGAGGGACAGAGAGGAUUCAGGUGGGAAGAGCAGCUGCAGAUGACCCCUACGGCUUCUCAGCUGCAGAUGACCCCUACGGCUUCUCAGCUGCAGAUGACCCCUACGGCUUCUCUUCGGGAGAGGCUGAUUCAGCCAGAGGCAGCUGUGAGUGAGGCUGCAGAGGGGCUGGGUGCCUGGAAGAGGGGCGGUCACAGCUCAGAAUUUCAACUCAAGUGCUACAGGAGUAAGGAGGGCUGCAGGGCUGGGUGGGGCCUGUGGUGAGCGAAAGGGGGCAUGCCCCGUUAUUCGAGGGGCCUCUGCUGCUCCCCGGGCUCACAGUGCAGGCCCUGCACUGCCAGAUAGUCUGAUGAUUAUCAAAGACCAGAACCCUGAGCUUUUAGGUGAGACAUGCUGAUGUCCAGAUGUUAGCAGCCAUCAGUUCAGAGAACUUAAAAACCCAUACAGGUGAAAAGAGAAUGUGAGUGUAUCAUCUUGGAGGUAGAGCUUGUGCUGGGAAGAACUUCGCAGAACGGCUUUGAGAUGGAAAGUAGGAAAGUCCCAGGCUUCCCUGAGCAGGCUGGGCCAGGCAGGUCCUCACUGCCACUGCCCUGUUCAUGCCAUCCCUUCCCUUAGAGACAAGAGGUGCCCUGGGGCCGCUGUGCCACCAGAGAGGAUGGCAGGGGGCAGAAAUGGCGCAGUUCUCAGCUUGCCAGGGAGAUGGAUGGUGCAGGAAGCUGAGAAAGUGGGAGUAGGAAGGGACCCAGGGCGCCUUUGCCAGUGCCCGUGCCCACCAGCGAAGGCCUCAGGGACUGGCAGCUCGUCAAACCAGCAGCGAGGCCAGCUGCUCAGCGCCUUGCCUCACCAGGUUCCUCAAUGAUCCUGGAGAAACCUAACCUGCCCUCCCCCGGGCUACGCCUGGCCACACCAACCUGACGGGCAGUGACCCCGACUCACCCACCAUCCCAGCCUUCGGGUAGCGAGGAUGGUGGUCCCUGGCUGGCAGCAAUGGCUCACAUUGGGGGGUGGGGUAUGAGGCAGAGGAGGAGGCCUUCUUUGAGUCUGGGGUAAGUUCCUCAUGAAGACUGCAGGGGUGUUCCCUGAGAACCCCUGUGUAUGGCAGGGCUUGAGGGAAAGAGAAGAGGCACUGGAACUGGGUAGGGAGACACCGGGAAGCUCUCUGGUAGGGGAGUCCUAGUAGGAUGCUCCCAGACGGCUCCCCCUCCCCAGCCCACAGAGGAGACAGAAGGAAGCUCCAACCCCUUCUGCGCUGGGCUGAUAACCCAGCACUCCCCUUAGCUGAGACACCACCACCAGGCAGCGGUGCUUUUUAAUUUAUUUUUAACUUUCUCAUAUGUAGCAACCCCUCCUCCCUCCUGGCCGUGUUUACACGGGCUCUGCUCCCUGGGGCUGGCCUGGCUGCAGAGUUUCUGGGGGGGGGAGCUGGUCAGGGACUUCGGGGCCUUAGUAACCAUCCUCGCUAUCACCUCAUCUUCCUGUGCGUGGGGGGGCUGGCUCCCUGACUGGGACUGCCUUCUAGCGGUUCAGUUGGGUUCCUCUGCCCCCAGGGAUGGGGGCUGCUGGCUGCGCCAGGGUCCAGGUGAGGUAAGAGAAAGCCAUCCAUGAUCGCAGGGUCCCCCCCCAAAAGCCUGGCCCUUGGUGUGUGGGGUCCCGAACACUGGGACGCUGAGCGGAACCUACCUACCCCUCCGCCCGCCAGCCUUAGCCCUCCCACGUGAUGUCUACACACCACUGGUUCCCCUACCUGUCCUGCCUGGGCGUGGCCAAGUGGGGGGGCGCAGCAGCUCAGCUGUGGGGUGCCAUGAUGCCGAGGGUCUGAGGAGCCCAGGGGCCAUGUCUGUCAUCUCAUACCUGAACUUUCAGCGUGGACUUGACUUCUUGGCUCUGGAACAGUCUCACUCCGGCUGAUCUUGGGCUGGUGGGCUCCUAGUUUUGCCUGGAACGUCCGCUGGCUUAGUGUGGCACUGCCCCAGGCCCCCCCUCUGGCCUCCGAGUGCAGGGAGGUGAGUGCUGGGCCCAGCACACUAACUCAGUCGUGCGCUAGAGCUCACCUGCGUUAAGUCUCUACUUCCCUUGUUCCCAUGAGAAACCGGUGUGAGGGGCAGGGAGCGGCCCCUGAGGAGACUGCCCCAGGCACUGCAGGCCCACGGGUGCUAGCCGCAGGCCCGUCAGUAUUGCCCCCUCACCAUCCUGGUGCCCGAGUCCCAAGUCUCCCUUUUUCUUCUUCUGAGGAGGGAGAAGGCUGGUGUGCAUGACCUGUGGAGCCCGUAAUGAUGGGCUGCCCCCCCCCGCCCCAGCUCUGGGUGUGCUGGACUGUUCUCCUGUCAGUAUUGUCCUUCCCUUUCACGUGCACACUCGUCUCAUUCCUGUUCUCAUUUUCUCCCCCCGAAGUGAAUAAAGUCUCCGCAGCUCUGGCUGUGUGGGCUGAGCAGUCA